UAAUAUAGAUCAUAAACAGUGUACUGGAGACUGCUUCAGUUUAUGCUGCCAGCUGUUUCAUUUCUAACUGUAUGAAUUCUAUAAAUAUUAAAGCAAAAUAUAUACAUUUUCAGGCUGUAUUUAUUAAACGCGACAGGUUAUUUAAUGUUGUAGCUUUUCCCGUUUCCACAUCGUUCAGUUAUAGCGUUUGGCUUAGCUUAGCAGCUAACUAGCAGAGUGCAGCCCUGCAGCACUAGUAGUUAGCUUAGCUUAGUUUAGCUAGAGCUGGCUGUGGCUGUUAGUAGUGGAUUAUGAGCAGUAUUCAGGAUUUAGUAAGUUUAUUUAGGAGGAUUUCGUCCUGAAAUGACGCUCCCAGCUCUGCAGAACACCAGUGUUUUCUUCAGGAGGAUCCUAUCCCAGUUUCCUCAGGAUAUCAGCUUAGCUUUUGCCUAUGGAUCUGGAGUGUUUAAACAGGCUGGGACCAGUCAAGGUCAGAUGGGGAAAAACAUGCUGGAUUUCGUAUUCGCCGUGGAGGACCCCAUCACUUGGCACACAAUGAACCUGAUCGAGAACAAGAAGCACUACUCCAUCUUAAAAUACUUUGGCCCUAAGCAGAUCAGCAGAAUCCAGAACGACUAUGGAGCUGGAGUCUACUACAACACCCUGGUGCCCUCAGAUGACCGGCUCAUCAAGUAUGGGGUCAUCAGCACUGACGUAUUGAUUGAUGAUCUACUUCACUGGAAAACUAUGUACAUUGCGGGAAGGCUACACAAACCAGUGCGGAUUCUGCUGCAGAGUGAGAACGGGAAGCUCCGGGCUGCUCUGGUGGCGAAUCUGAAGAGUGCAAUAAACGCCUCCUUCCUGAUGCUUCCAGAGAGCUUCUCUGAGGAGGACCUGUUCCUGCAGAUCGCUGGCCUCUCAUACUCAGGUGAUUUCAGGAUGGUGAUCGGUGAGGAUAAAUCCAAAAUAUCCAACAUCGUGAAGGACAACAUGCAGCACUUCCGAAUCUUAUAUAACAACAUUCUGCAGGACUGUCCUCAAGUGGUGUACAAACCCCAGCAGGGGAGACUGGAGGUGGACAAAAGCCCUGAAGGACAGUUUACCCAGCUGAUGGCUCUGCCGAGGACCCUACAGCAGCAGAUCACUCGGAUAGUGGAUCCACCUGGGAAGAAUCGUGAUGUGGAGGAGAUUCUGCUGCAGGUGGCUCAGGACCCGGACUGUGGACUGGUAGUACAGCAAGGCAUUUACUCAAUAGUGAAAUCAUCCAGCAUUACACAAAGUGCUAAAGGAAUUAUUACAGCAGGACUGAUGAAAUCGGUGUCGUAUAGUGCAAAGAAGCUGCGGAAAAUGUGGAAAGGCUGGAGAAGGAAGACGCCGUGACUUCUCACAUUUGUAGCUCCCAGUAAAUCAUGUUCCUCUGACUGACACUGACUUUUACGUUUUUAAUUUACCAGCUUGUCCUUGUUACAUACUUACAUAUUACAAAAUGUGUAUGUUUUGUUAUGAUGCCAUACAGUGACCUCUAAAUUUAAUUCCAUUCAAAACAGACUCAUAUGAGCUAAGUAAUAUUUAUUUUUUAGUUAAAAUACUUUUUUUUUUUAUAUUUUGAAGAAUUCCAUAUUGACCGAAGUUGGGCAUGUUUCAGAUGAUCUGCACUUGCCUGUGGGGGAUUUACUGAUUUGCUGUUGAACAUCACAGUGUUGUAUAAUUAAACUGGACUGACAGUGAGAAUGAUUUUU